AUGUUUCCAUUUUUAGUUCAAUACUUUUCUGAAAUAGGUGUUAGUCGAGGACUGAUUCAGUGUAUCAACGAUCCAGAUGAAGCUACUAUUGAUAUUUUUAAAAAUAUAUGGAAAGUUAUUGAUAAUUAUAAAUUAAAUAUUGAAAAUUUAACUAGUUUUGGUGCUGAUAACGCCAAUGCUUUUUAUGGUAAACACCAUUCGGUGUUUCAAUUAUUAAAAGAUAAAGUACAUCAUCUCCUAAAAGGUAAAUAUAAACGUUUAUUAUGGGAUUUUUUAAUAAUCUUCAUUCGACCUGUACAUUUUGCAUUAUUGUAUUUUAGUGCUCAAUCAUUUAACUUUCUUACUUGGAAAAAUGUUAUAGAUGUUGCUGAUGUUAUUCACAUAGAUGAUUUAGAUAAAGAUCAAUUAAAUAGUGAGUUUUGUGAUAUUAAAUGUUUAUAUGAUAGUUUGAGAAAGAAAAAUAUUAAAUUAUGUGAUCAAAUGAAAUCCUAUGUUUCGAGUAAAACAAAUGAUUUUUAUGCAUUAAACAUUACUGAUCAACAUGUUGCAUAUGAUGAAUGCGAUGAUGAAGAAAUUAUUUCACUAUCAGACAAGAAAGAUAAAGAUUUCAUUAGAUCUGAUGAAUUAUGGGCAUAUUUAUUAAAUAUCAAUCCAAAUGCAACAACAAAUUUUAAAAACUUGAUCUGUUAUAUCUUCUCGAUUCUAUGUUAA